AUGGAUUUGGUGAGUACGAGAACCCAAGCUUUUCUCCGAGGUCGCACCCCAGGAGAAUGAUUCCCCAUAUAAACUCUUAUUUACUGCAUGUAGUGGGGAGAUGAUUCCUACUUGGAAGUAUAUAAUGAUGCUAGGGCGCCACAAUGUAAACUCCAUCGCGAAUCUUAUCGUUCACGAAGUCACUCAUUUUUUAUUUGCUUUUGGAAAAUGCUUCCUCACGCUCUCUUGUUGGCGCUCGCUACGGGCGCCGUCGCCUAUAAGAAUGCGUUCAUGAUUGAGGAGUCGGCCAACUCGGCGCCGUUGGAGAAAUCGGUGAGUACGCAUAUACGAUGUGACAAACAUAUGCUUAUCGGUGCUAGGUUCUGGAAACAACUCUCGGUUGUAAAGUUGCUCCCCGCAAAACUUUCAAUGCCCCGGUGAUGACAGGUCAAUCUUUCGACGUCGAUUGUGGUGACAAAUACCCGGGCGAAGCUUCGCAUGUCACGAAAAAGCUCCUCAACUUGCUGAAUGGUAUUGAAUCUGUUACCAAGGCUUGGGAAGUUAAGUAUUCGAAGCCUCCGCGGAAGUUGGACAAUAAUCAUCCGCCGCCCACUGCGGAUAGUAACAAGAAGAGGAGCGUAGGGAAGAGGCAAGAGCCAGGUCCUGCUGUUCCGAUUUCUACCCCACCGCCAUUCGCACCACACGUCUCUACGGGCGUCGACAAAGUCCAUGCUGCGGGCUUCACUGGGAAGGGGAGGAAGAUUGCUAUCAUCGAUGGUGGUUUCAAUGUCGAGGGUGUUCCUGGUCUGGAGAAAACCUCGAUCGUUCAUGUCGAGAACUUUGUUGAUCGCUCCAGUUCGACGGUCUCAGAUAAUUGCUCAUGGCAUGGCACGCAUAUCCUGGGCAUCCUGGGUGCAAACAGUGCUGAGAAGAAGUUUGGCGUCGUGGGAGUCGCGCCUGAUGCUGAUUAUGAGCUUUACGACGUUCAGGCAUGUGGUGAGGGGGCGCCGAGUGAUCGUCAGAUUGAGGCUAUGCUCUUUGCGGUCGAGCGGAAGGUGGAUGUUAUUAGUAUGUCCAUUGGUGGAGCAUUGGCAUAUCCUGACGGUCAGUGAUAUUCCCCCCCUUUUCAUGUUCGGUUUCUUUGCGUUUGCUGACGUUGUUGGGUAGAUCCGGCUUCUGUUGUUGCUAGUCGAAUUCAUAAGAAUGGCACUUUCGUCGCGUUCUGCAAUGGAAAUGGAGGUCCUGGGGUUUUCAGUGCGGUUUCUCCUGCCGGCGGUGAGUUUCUCACUUCGGUAGGUUCCACUGAUGCUGCCAGCACACCAUAUAAUACAUGGCGUGGAACGGUAAGCGACGGGACCGAUUUCCGCUAUGUACCAGGACAGCCACAGAAUCUGCCCUUUGGUGGCAAACCUCUCACGUUGUGGUUCCCAGCCGAUGCGGAGAAAUUGGAUCUCCCACGAAACACAUGCGUUCCUCUCCCCGAAGGUUCGCAGUUGCCCAAGGACCCGGCCAACACGAUCUUGAUGAUUGAUUUCCUCCAUUGCUGGAGUAGCACUAGCAAUGGCACCACCACGCCCAUCACGGCCGAUUUGGGCAUCAAACAUGUCCUUUACUACCAGCCCGAAGAAUUUAGUGGCGACGAGUAUGGACUGCAGUUCUGGGAAGCCUACAGUUCUGAUGCACUUGACGGCGUCGCACUCGUCUCCCAUGCGAAGGCCCUGGAAUUAGCCGAAAAGCUCGCUAAGGAUCCUGCGCUGAGCAUCUCCUUCCCAAAGGAGCUCGACCACAGAGUCGACUUUAGUGAGAAUCUUUGGACUGGAGAUUCCAUGUCGCAGUUUUCUUCCUGGGGUCCUACCCUCGAUGGGAGAAUGUCACCCACCAUCUCCGCACCCGGAGGCAAUAUCCUGAGUGUCUUUCCCCAUUUCCUCGGCGACUGGGCGGUCCUCUCGGGAACGAGUCAAUCUACUCCUUUCCUCGCCGGCGUCGCAGCUCUCCUGCAGCAGAAGUUCGAGGACGUGAAGCCCUCGCCCGCCGAGAUCCAGGAUAUCAUGACCCUCUCGGCCAAAACGCUCAACUUCAACGACGGCAAGACGAAGUCCGACUUCCUCGCGCCCGUCCUCCAGCAAGGUGCCGGACUCGUGAAUGCCUUGAUAGCCACGCAAAUGCAGACGAGAGUCAGCGUCUCGCAGUUGAACUUCAAUGAUACCGACCACCGCCCUCUCUCUUUGAAAUUCCGACUCAGGAAUGUAGGAGUCAACACGACGGACUAUAGCAUCAGUCAUCUAGCCGCUGCUUCGGGAUACAUUCUCGAGCCCUUCGGCCAAAAGAAAGACUACCAACUAACCGCCAACGAAGCCCGCGAAGCCCCCGCCCUCCUCAACAUCACCCCCGACAAAGUGACUCUAGGCCCCCAGUCCGAAUCCGACAUCACCAUCUCCAUCGCGUCCAACCCGGACCUCCCCGAUGCCGAAGCCCGCGGCGCCUUCUUCGGGGGCUACAUCGCCAUCCGCGACGGCGCAUCGCUCUUCACCCUCCCCUACUCGGGCUUCGGCAGCUCCCUCAAAUCCCUCCCCAUGAUCGACCAAAACGCCACGCGCAUGGUGCAAGCCAACGAGUCCGCCUCCGUGCCCUACCCCCCCGGGGAGGAAACCAAGGAACCCCUCUUUGACUGCUUCUACAACACCACGGCCGCCGUCCCGCUCACCUGUCCCGACAACAACGGCCUAUACCCGGGCGUCAAACUCACGUUCGUGAUCCCCUCCAGGCAGUUCCAGAUCGAUAUGAUGAAUGUUGAUGGUACAGUGGCGAUUCCGCAGGUGUAUAAUGGCACCGCCGAGGAGGUGUGGGAUGCUGGGAGGUAUUGGNUCCAGAUCGAUAUGAUGAAUGUUGAUGGUACAGUGGCGAUUCCGCAGGUGUAUAAUGGCACCGCCGAGGAGGUGUGGGAUGCUGGGAGGUAUUGGUAUUGGGAUGGGACGGAUCGGGAUAAGGCUUUCUUGAAGGGGGGGAGUUAUCGGUGGAGGGUUACGGCACUGAGGUGGAGUGGGGAUGCGGGGGUGGGGGCGGAUUGGGAUUCGUGGAAUAGUGAGAUUUGGAGGGUGAGUUAUAAGAAGGGGAGUCUUUUUUUGGCGGAGAAUGAGUAG